GGCGUGUAUUUAAGACCUCAUCCCUUUCUUCUUCUCCUUCCCCAAUCCCCACAACCAAACCAAACCCCGCACUGCCCUCAGCCCUCGCCUUAUCCUCUCCGCCCCGCCCCGCCGGCUUCUUCCUCCAAGGGAAACAUGGCUUCAACAUUGAGUGCCACUUCUACUGUUGGCCUCAUGGCAACUGGUAUUGCAUCAGAUAAGAAGUCAUCUUCACUAUCUUCAGUAUCAUCUAUCUCCCUUGCCAGCCGGCCACGAAAUGUGCGCCUUCAGAGGAAAUGCAACUUCAGAGUAAAAGCAGCUAAGGAGCUGUACUUCAACAAGGAUGGCUCAGCUACCAAGAAGCUCCAGGCUGGAGUCAAUAAGCUCGCAGACCUUGUUGGAGUUACCUUGGGACCAAAGGGAAGGAAUGUUGUUUUGGAGAGCAAGUAUGGGUCCCCUAAGAUUGUCAAUGAUGGUGUUACAGUUGCAAGAGAGGUCGAGCUGGAGGAUCCUGUUGAAAAUAUUGGAGCGAAGCUGGUUAGGCAAGCUGCAGCAAAGACCAAUGACUUGGCUGGAGAUGGGACAACUACUUCUGUGGUCCUUGCUCAGGGUCUCAUUGCUGAGGGUGUGAAGGUUAUUGCAGCCGGUGCUAAUCCUGUGCAAAUUACCCGUGGUAUCGAGAAAACAGCGAAAGCACUAGUUGAGGAAUUAAAGAAGAUGUCAAAGGAGGUUGAAGAUAGUGAGCUUGCAGAUGUUGCUGCGGUCAGUGCUGGCAACAACUAUGAAAUCGGUAACAUGAUAGCAGAGGCUAUGAGCAAGGUUGGACGGAAGGGAGUGGUUACCCUUGAAGAAGGGAGAAGUUCUGAAAAUAAUCUCUACGUUGUGGAGGGAAUGCAGUUUGACCGUGGUUAUAUCUCUCCUUAUUUCGUAACUGACAGUGAGAAAAUGACCACAGAGUAUGAGAACUGCAAGCUGCUUUUGGUGGACAAAAAGAUUACCAACGCAAGGGAUCUUAUAAAUGUUCUGGAGGAAGCCAUCAGGGGUCAAUACCCAAUUCUGAUAAUUGCUGAGGAUAUUGAGCAGGAGGCUCUCGCUACCCUUGUUGUCAACAAGCUUAGAGGAUCUCUGAAGAUCUGUGCUAUCAAAGCCCCUGGUUUUGGAGAGCGCAAGACCCAGUACCUGGAUGAUAUUGCCAUACUGACUGGAGGAACUGUCAUCAGAGAUGAGGUGGGCCUGUCACUUGACAAGGCAGACAAAUCAGUUCUAGGAACGGCUGCAAAGGUUGUCCUUAACAAAGAGUCAACGACAAUUGUUGGUGACGGCAGCACCCAGGAAGAAGUGUCUAAGAGGGUUGCACAGAUCAAAAAUCUCAUCGAGGUAGCAGAACAGGAUUAUGAAAAGGAAAAACUCAAUGAGAGGAUUGCAAAGCUUGCUGGUGGUGUUGCUGUCAUUCAGGUGGGAGCACAAACAGAAACCGAACUUAAAGAGAAAAAGUUGAGAGUUGAGGAUGCUCUAAAUGCAACUAAGGCGGCCGUGGAGGAAGGUAUUGUUGUUGGUGGAGGGUGCACUCUUUUGAGACUGGCGGCUAAAGUUGAUGCCAUCAAGGACACUCUGGAGAACGAGGAGCAGAAGGUUGGAGCUGAAAUAGUGAGAAGGGCCCUGUGCUACCCACUUAAAUUGAUCGCUAAGAAUGCUGGUGUCAAUGGCAGUGUUGUCACUGAGAAGGUUCUCAGUAACGAUAACGUCAAGUUUGGCUACAAUGCUGCUACUGGGCAGUACGAGGACUUGAUGGCUGCUGGUAUCAUUGACCCCACUAAGGUGGUGAGAUGUUGCCUGGAGCACGCCGCGUCUGUGGCCAAGACGUUCCUCACAUCGGACGUGGUGGUCGUGGAGAUCAAGGAGCCUGAGCCUGCGCCGCUUGCCAACCCCAUGGACAACUCUGGCUUCGGAUACUGAUGAACUACUGCCGAGUUUCCUGCGGAGGGGGAAGGCUGGCGGGUGGUCAUGAGUCUUAUUUUUUGGUAGCACGAGCCGAGUUUUUGGCCAGAGAGAUGGAGGAUUUGGUAGUUUGGAGAUAUAAAUGUAAUGUGAUGUGCCGCCGGAAAAGGCGAAAUAAGCAGAGAACCAUUUUAGCCAAGUUUGUGAUGUAAUUGGAACUGUUGUCAUUUUACGUGGAAAAUAUCGUCAAUUUUGGGACA